GAUAACCCUCCGUCAAAAUGGGCAAAAGGAGAAAUGAAACACGUAUUAAGGGUAGCGGCGAAGUUUGUGUUAGUGAAAGUCAGGCCUGUGGUUACUUCCUCUGAAAGUGACGUCGGCGAACGCUUUGGGCUGUAUAGCCAUUCAGUGGAUUUUUGGAGUGCCUCUGCAGAGGAGUCCAAGCGGACGGUAGCGGCAGUGGCAAGCGAGAACAACAAGCUUUCAGACGCAGUAGGGCGGGGGCGACGGGACACAGAGAGACUUUCGGGAGGUGUGGAUCGUAUAAUGCGCAACUGUAAACUGGAAGGAUUCUGACAGCUAGGCUGCUCCAUCGGGGGACGCGGCUGGUGCCACUUCUGCUAUUACCGUGUCAUUCGGGCGCCCCCUGAUAUUUCUGACUUGAUAACCAGCUAUGUCUUUUAUAAAUAUAGAAGAUGACCAGAGAUGGGUGCCCACGCACGUCCAGGUAACCGUUUUGCGGGGCAGGGGACUGCGGGCGAAGGGCAAGCAUGGAACCAGCGACGUUUACACCGUUAUUCAAGUGGGGAAAGAGAAAUUUACCACGGCUGUGGUGGAAAAGACUACUGCUCCGGAGUGGUCGGAAGAAUGCGCUUUCGAGCUGUUACCCGGAGUACUGGAAGCAGGGGGACGGAGCGCCUAUCCUGCCGGGAGUAGCGACCUGGCCCUUACUGUGAUGCAUCGAGCCUUGAUCGGACCUGAUGUAUUUCUUGGACAUGUCGUCUUGCCCUUGGAUAAAGUCUUCCAAGACAGGAUAUGUCUGAGAAACGAAUGGUAUAAGCUGCGCUCCAAGUCGGGGAGAAAGGAGAAAGAGCGGGGGGAGCUCCAGGUCACGGUCCAGUUCACCCGGAACAACCUGACGGCCAGCAUGUUCGACCUCUCCGUCAAAGACAAGCCGCGCUCCGCCUUCGGCAAGCUCAAGGACCGCAUGUCCGGCAAGAUGCGGGGGGACGUGGAGUCCACCUCCGCCAUCGUCCCAGGGGGUUACGCCGUCCUGUCGGGCGGGGGGAGGCGCAUCUCCGGGGAGGGCGAGGCGGACGACGACGAGGGCCGGCGGGGCAAGGUGAAGAGCUUCUUCCUCAAGGGCCGGCUGCGCAGGUCGUCGGACGUGCAGUCCAGCACGUCGCUGGCCUCCGAGUGCAGCGGGGCCUCGUCCCCCGGGGGGAGCCUCAGCCCCACCGCCGGGGUCAACAUGCUGGUGUCCGACCUCUCCAACUCCCCCAGCGAGGACAGCAACCACCCGGCCGACAGCAGCCCCGUGCAUCCUGUCCAGCCUCCCCCCAAGCUUAUGACCCACAAGAGGGCGUUCAGCGACGAGGUCAGCAGGAUCACCGUGGCCCUGCCCAGGCCCCGUGCCGUGGAGACGCUGCGGGCCCAGAAUUCCUCCCUGUCCCGCUCCUCGCUUUGCAUUAACGGGAUCCACGUGUACGGGGCGGAGCCGCUGGGGCCCGGCGGGGGCGGCGGCACCCUGCCCGCCACCCUGGGGCUGCUCCAAAAGUGCGCCCCCCUCUCGCGGUCGCUCCAGAACCUGGCCCGGCGGGCCGAUGACCCUCGCAGGAGCCCCGGCACUGCCCGACGCUGGUCUUUCGACCGGGCCGGGAAGGAGGAGAAGGUGGCCCCCCCCGCGGCCGCCGCCGCCUCCUUGGGCCAGUCAAUGGAGGCCGCCAUGCCGACUGUUCCCACGGCAAUGGUGGGGCCAGAUUCAGCCGGCGAGGGUAAGAAGCAGAAGAGGAAUCUUUUCUCCCAUGGGAGGGGCGAGUCAGCAGGGAAGGGCUCAGACACGCCCAAGGCAGAGCAGGGGCAGGCCCCGCCCCACACUGAGGAGAGAUAUAAGGGAUGGUUCAGUGCCAAGGACUCACAGAACAAGCCAAGCCAGGAAGUGUCUCCUAUGGUAGAAACCAGCACAGAUGCACCCUGUCACCCUUCACCUUGCUCCCCCAAUCGCUUGCUGCCUUGCCCCUCCCCUGCUUCUGCUUCACCAGGCAGUGGGCAUAAUGCUAACCCCUUCACCCCCUCCCCUGCUACCCCACCCAUAUCUCCCUCCAACCCCUUCCUCACCCGUCUGCAGUGCAACCCCUUCUAUGAGGAGCUCCUAGCUGAUCAGGCGCUAAAAUCUACCCUACCUACACAACCGCGCCCCUCCAGCUCUCCCCUCUGGCCCUCCGCAACUGCCCCUUCCAGGCUCAGCGCCCCCACCACCACCCCCAAUGCUGUGCCUCAGAGACCAUUUGUUCCUCAGAGGGAGCGUCCCAAGGGUGUGUCCCGACAGAGGUCCCUUCCCGCCCUACUGCCCAGAACUUCUAACUCCUCCCCCAACCCCUUUACCCCACGCUCCCUGUCUGAGAGUGGCUGCGAGUGGGAUGAGUUUGAAGCCUUCGCGACCAACAGGCUGAAGUCACCGCGAGGUCCCAAUCCCAGAAGGAACGGCGGAGUUAAGGAGUGGCCUGUGGGUGGGAUUGCAGAGGAGACUGUGGCUAAUGAAGCAUCAAUCCUAGCCGGGAAAGUCCCGCCUCUUCCCCCGCGAUGGCCUGUGAGGACUCCGGUGAAAGAGUGCCGCAGUGACAGCUGGCUGGACAGAGCCCAGGAGCUAGCGGUGAAGAAGGAGGCAUGUCUGCUGUCUCAGACAGAUGCGGCUUCCAUGCUACACCGCAAGGAGGGGGAGCGCAAGAAAAACACCCCUUGCUCAUUCCAGGACCUCCUUUCUGAGGAGAAAGCCAAAACGACAGAACCACUCAUGAAACCCUCCAACUAUGAUCCAUCGUCAAGGUAUGAUUGUCCUGUGAGCAGCUUCUCUGACAUGUCCGCAGCGUUGCAACACCAAGAUAGUCUUAGGAUGUCAGGCUGUGACGCUGAGGGCUUGGCAUGGAACCACAGGCUUCAACAAGGACAAACUUCUGGAGAACAAGGACUCAACAAUGAAACAAACCUGAGCAGCCCACCUGAGUUCUUCCCCUUAGAAAUGCCUGAAGGAUUAUAUGAAGAAGUUUCUACAAGCGGUACUUUUGUAGAAGUGGAAGACAAGCUUCCUUCACUUUUAAUGGAAACAUACAGUAAUAAAUCAGAGGCCCAAGGAGCUAAGACUGUUUCCACUGCCACUAUCCCAACACACAUACUCUGUAUGGGUAACCAGAAGUCCCAUGUCAGUUCUGCUACUGCACUUGAGCCUGUUCCUAAUGUUACCACCGUCCAUCCAAGCACGACUAACACCAAAAUGUUUGAUUCUAAAGUUAACGCACAAGUCUCCAAUAAAAAUAUUUGUGAUUCACAGCUUGGCAGUAUUGACUCUGCUCCUUCUGGUGGUGCCAGGAUUGACAAUGUCUUUGAGAUAAACAACAACACAGACAAAGAUUUUGGCGUGUCUCUAUCUACUCUUGGACCCCUCCCUAACAAAGUGCACCAAAAUAAAUGCCACAGCUUGACCUCAAACACCUUCGCAAAUUCCACUACUGUGUCGGUGGAUUGUGGCGAUGCAGGAGGCUGCAUGCCUGUUGCUCCUGGUCCAAUUGUGAGAUCUACAUUUGGGAUGAACAGAAAUGCUGCUGAAGUUCUGGUCCUGGAGUCAGAUUUCAGUAUUUCUACAGAACCAGUGGAAGCUCCUUCUUCUGAGGUCCGGCGUCCACCUGGGACUUCUGCGGAAGGAAGUGCUUCAGGGAAUGCUAACAAAGGGGUCAUUGGCAAAGAAUGCUCUCAGACAGAAUGGCCACCCAGAGACCAAAAGACAGCGAUGCCCAGCCAGGACUCACAGCUCAGCGACACAUUUCAAGGAAAUCUUAAACAGGAAAAUGGAACCUCAAACUUGAAGACAUCAAACAAAGCUUCUAUAACUCAUCCUAACUGCAGCAGCCCUUUGCCAAGUCAUUGUACAGAGACAAAUGAGUCCAGAACUUUAUAUGAACCAGGGGCACUUAACUCCUGUACUCCUACUGAAGAUAAAACUAUUGGGGAAACCACAGAGAUAGAACAUGGUCAUCAUCCUGUGAAAACCACCGCCGGUGAAGACACAGCGGAAAAGGAUGGCUCUUUGUUCAAGGCUACAUGCUCCUCGAAUUAUCCUUCUUUCAUUGAGCUAUUGCAGGAGGAUGGAUGCAACAAGCAGGAAGUUAGCGAGCCACCGCCCAAACCACCCAGGCUUUGUAACGAGUCAACAAUAGCUAGUCAAUAUGUGAACGAGGGACCUAAAGCAAGCCAGGAGGCUGUAUUUUGCAGGAAGGGUGGGUGUGCAGAACCGAGUAUGGUGGAAUGUCCUUUUUCUGAAAGCACACAGAAAAUCAGCUUUGAGGAUCUCCAUGCCAAAGUGGCCCCAGGCUCAAGAAGUCAGACUCAGCCCAGGCUCCCACUGCAUGGCUCUGCUCCUUGGGCUUCUGCCUCCUCCCAAGCAGCUAAAACUAACACUCCGUCCACCAUCAUCCCCCCGCCUGCCCUGAUCCUCCCUACUGUGAGGCCAACAGCAGGGACUGCCCAGACCACCGCUACCCCCUCCUCCACUACUCCGCCUGUGAUUGGCUCAGCGCACACAGUUCUGCCCAAGGAGACAUGCCCGGCUACCAGCUCCCUGUCCCACCAAGAGAGCAGCCCCCACCCAGUGAAGCCACUGACCGCUUCAGCUCUCCAGGGAGAAAAGAAGCCAGAAGGCCGCUCAGUACUGGUCAGUGGUUUGGAGAAGCUCAAGUCCACCAUUCACCCAGGGCGAGCGUCCCAGCCAGUUGAGCCUGGGAGUGAGAGUAGCAAGUCUCUUUCAGAGAGAGCAGCCCAGUACGACCACCUUACCAACAACGAAAUCAUCACUCUGUUACUGCAGCGAGAGGCGGAGCUGGAGAAAAAGGGGGUGGAGUUUGAAAAGCAGGGGGCGUUGCUGGAGAAGCGGGAGGUAGAGCUAAAGAAGAUGAAGGUACAGGUGCGGGAUCUGGAGGACUACAUCGACAGGCUGUUGGUGCGCAUCAUGGAGCAGACGCCCACAAUUCUGCAGGUGCGCUCCAGAUACAAGUGAAGGUCUGGCCCCAUUGGCUUGGGGGGAACGGGGUUUAAACUCCGCCCAAAACCACACCCACUACCCUAGUGACCCCAUUUUACUAUACUGCCCUUUCAAUUUGGACUCAGGUUAGGAAAAUUGUUUGCAUGUAUACCUCCUUGGUUUUAAUUAUUUAUGAAGGAUAAGGACAUAUCAGAGGUGCUGGUAGGGGUUGGGUGGCUGGAUGAUUUGAUUGAUGAUCCAAAUGGUUCAUAUGAAAAUGAUUAGCGUGGAUUAAAAAAGAGCCAGCCUCACCUGUGUUAACCAUACCUUCAGAGUGAAUUUUUUUAGAUGGCAGUGUUUAUAAUAUAAGAAAGCACCUUCUCUCUUCAAAAAUAAGACUCAUUGCUUUUCCUGGGACUCUGAAGUGUUUGGCUACUCUGUGUAAUAUCUGAAAGCCAUCAAAAUAUGGGACAAACCCUAGAGAAUCAAAAUUCCCAGAGAUCAGAGAACAUUCUUAGAUCUCAGCUCAUGAGAAGUUCACAUAACGUAUGUCACUCAAGGCUGCUUUGUUAUUAUGCUGCCUUCAUUAUUGUUUUAUUUUUGUUUAAAAAAAAAACAUGCAGUAUGAUGCAUACUGUGGGAUCCGCUCAGACUUUGUGACACAGAGAUGUGCACUGCAGCUUCUCUAAAGCUAGAGUGUGGAACUGAGUCCUUUGGCUUUUUCUCUGUGCUGUUGGCACAGCUUUUGUAUAGUUCUAGCAAAAUGCCUCAGAACUGGCUUUGGCUGGCUGGCUCUGCAUCCGUCCCCCUUCAACACACCUCCUUCCUACACUUCUGCCGCUUACCUUGCUUCCAAGUGUGCUAAAAGGAAGGGAGAUGUUUAGUAGCACGUAUGCCAUAUGGAUCUGCCAAAUGCUGCCUUAUUUUAUAUUUUUUUGUUGGUGUUGAUUUUUGUUCAUUUAUAUUUUAACCUUUGAUGCAAUAGUUCUGUGUUCAUAAGAAUAUAUGACUGAGCCUGUAAAUGAAGCUGUACUUUGAAUAUCCAAAGUAUGAUACAGGGUGGGGUAAUUUACCGUUGUGCGAUACCAACGUGCUUCCAAAACAUCACUUAAAUUCUGUGAAUGGUAAUGAGUGUUUUUUGUUUGUUCUUUGUUUGUUUUUUUACUUAAUAGUUUUUCUUAAUUUUUAUAUGCAUUCAAUGUAAAAAUGUCUAGAAAUGUAUAAUUUAAAUAUUUUUUGUUUUUAUUUUGUUUUUGCGGACUACCUCCCUUCCAAGCUUCCAUUAAGAGAACAACAUUAAACAUGCAUUGUAAACUUCUCCGAAAAUUCUCUGUAAAAUGUGUAGCCUCAACUGUGGUGUAUAUAUAGUAUAUAUUGUCCUGUGUGUUGACACAGUAUUAAUGCUUAUUCAAACCUAUGCAGCCAUGUUAUUGACCAAUAUCACUCCUGAUUGCGCUUUUAAAAACUGCAGUAGAUGCAGCGCAGGCAGUGCGGGCUCGCAGUUGGUCUGUUAGAAUAUUUUUUGUACAGUUUUAUCACACAGUAAGGUGCUUCAAAGAGUCUUAACAACCAGCUACUGACCACUUUUGUGUGAUUGCUUUGGUGUUUCCUCUUGAUGAUGUAGACAUAACAAACUGAAGUAGCUUUGUCUGCAGUUAUACCAUGCAAUUUCAUUUGUCCAUUUUUCAUGUGGUCCAAGGAAUUCAUGUGGUAUGUGGAACAAGGGGUGUAGUUUUUAAAUGUUAAUGUGUUAUGUGCUUUACAUUUCAUUCCAUAAGGUUUUGCAUUCUCUUCAUGCCAGUUCAUUAUUAAUUUUUGUUGAAAUUAUUCUAAGCACUUUAAGGCUUACAAUAAGAUGUUAAUUUUCUUCUCAGACUUGGUUUGGUAUGCAGUUACAUUGUACUGCUCUACAUUACCCAUUGCACUUGACAGAAAAGAAACGCAGCAUUACAGUAGUUCAUUUAGUAUAAGUAUACCUGAUACCUGAUUUUUUUAUAGUACGGCUUUUAAAAAGCAAUUAAACCUGCAAAUUGAAAAAGCUUUCUUCACGCACACCUUGAUUGUGUUUGUCCUUUUGGAUUUGGUCUGUGUGUCUCAUUUGGUUUCUUGACACUCAGGGCUAAUGUUGCAAAUAUAAGGUAACAUCAACACACAUUUCUGUUAGUCCAUGCACGGCUUCUUUGGGACAUACACAGUGAUUCACUAUUAUUGACCACUGCAAAACCAUGCCUCGCUUUUGUUUUAGUUUUGCAACUGUGUGCACUGUUAUUAUAUUCUUGUUUGGAAAGGCCACUCGUUUCGAAAAUUUGUAGAGGUGUUCCACUGGAGUUUAUGUGACAAGUUCAACACGUGUUAUACUACGCCAUACAUGUCAUUUCCAAGUAUCAGUCAUCUUCAAUGCCCUGUAGCGUAUCUUACAUAAAUUAAGGGCAGAAAUUAAUUGAUCUAAAGAUUCUUAAUUCAUCUCUUUUUUUCAUUGUUGUUGGACCGUUUAUUCAGCAUUUUGUGUUCCAGGAAUCAAAUGUGUUCAGUGUUAAUUUUUCCCCAUGUUGGUUGUAUGUGAUAUUUCCAGCAAAAGGUUCUCACUCACAAAAAUGUGUGAUUUCAGCACUGUGGUGUGAAAUAAAAACCCGCUUUUCACCCUUAA